GGGACUUGGCAGAGCUGGAGGCGGAGCUCAUCAAGAGAAAUCGCGAAAUCGCCAAGGUGCGGGAUGAUGUGCUGAAGCUCGAAAGGCGUCUGGACGAGUCGCGCAAGCGCAACGACGAUCUCCUGGAACGGGUGGCUAUUCUUGACUCCGAGGUUACAAAGAAAGAGCUGCUACUCAAGGACUCUGAGCAGAAGGUAAGUGAUAUCACCCAAGAGCUGCAAGCCAAAGAUGCUGCAGCAAAGAAGCUGGAGGAGGAGUUGCAAGACCAGUUGGAGAGCGCGCGGCAGGAGCGAGAGGCGUCGGACAAGAUUUUGGAGCUGACAGAGAAGGUUGAGGCACUGCAGGCCCAACUUGCCUCUGCAGCAGAACGAGGUGAUGCUCUAGAGGCCAAGGCCAAGGAUGAGACGGAGCAGCUUCGUGCCGAAGUCGCAGCUGAGCGGGAAGGUCGAGCAGCAGAUGCGUCGCGAGAAGCAGCGCAUGCAAAGCAGCUGAAGGCCACUAUCGAGGAGCUGCAGGGCACGCUUGCGAAUCAAGUCGAAGCAAGUUCCAAGCAGGAGCGAGAUUCCUCCGCCAAGUGUGAGGAGCUCGUCGACAGGAUUGUAGCUUUGCAAAAAGAGAAUGCUGCCGCAGUGGAACGGGCUGAUGCCUUGGAGGCGAAGGCCAAGAAUGAGAUGAAACAAGUCACAUCCCAACUCGAACAGCUUCGAUCCGAAGUCGCGGCCGAGCAGGAAGGUCGCGUGGCAGAUGUGUCGAGAGCAGCAGCAGAUGCAGAACAGCUGCAUGCCACCAUAACAGAGCUGCAGGGGACCCUGGCGAGUCAGACAGAGGCAAGUUCCACCCAGGAGCGAGAGGCAUCGGACAAGAUUUUGGAGCUGACGAAGAAGGUUGAGGCACUGCAGGCCCAACUUGCCUCUGCAGCAGAACGAGGUGAUGCUCUAGAGGCCAAGGCCAAGGAUGAGACGGAGCAGCUUCGUGCCGAAGUCGCAGCUGAGCGGGAAGGUCGAGCAACAGAUGCAUCCAGAGAAGCAGCGCACGCACAGCAGCUGCAGGCCACUAUCCAGGAGCUGCAGGGCACGCUUGCGAAUCAAGCAGAAGCUUGCUCGGUAAAGGAACGUGAGACAUCGGCAAAGAUCCGGGAACUCACGGAGAAGAUUGAAGCACUGCAGACCCAACUUGCCGAUACCAUUGAAAGACGGGAUGCUCUAGGGGCCAGAAGGAACGAAGAGGUGGAGGGGCUGACCUGCGAAAUUCUGCAGCCUCUGACCUUUCCUGGCGCAGUUCUGUUUUGCUUUGCUAGACCUUUGUAA